AUGGUCCAGUACGCACGGGCAGUACGUCCAGCCUGUGCUGGGGAAAGACCGUGGUGCUGCCCGGCCGCCUGGGAGCGCGGCGCCUUCAAGACACGGUCUCGUGGUGCAUACGUGCUGGAGACGUACUAUUACUUCUCGCAAACGAAAAUUGAUGGCACCAACGUAGAGGAAGAUCACAUUGAAUUGACUGAAGAGGGGAGGCCCGUGCGGGCAAGCACCCAAAAGCCUCCGCUGUUCGACUGCUACUGCUGCGGGCUGCCCAAGCGCUACAUCAUUGCUAUAAUGAGUGGUCUUGGCUUCUGCAUUUCAUUUGGAAUUAGGUGCAACCUGGGUGUUGCUAUUGUGGAAAUGGUGAACAACAACACAGUUUAUGUCAAUGGAAAACCACAGCUUCAGAAAGCCCAAUUCAACUGGGAUCCAGAGACGGUGGGACUUAUACAUGGCUCCUUUUUCUGGGGUUACAUCGUGACACAAAUUCCAGGAGGGUUCAUUUCAAACAAACUAGCUGCUAACAGGGUAUUUGGAGCAGCAAUUUUUCUAACAUCUACACUGAAUAUGCUCAUCCCUUCUGCAGCAAGAGUACACUAUGGUUGUGUGAUGUUUGUAAGAAUUCUUCAAGGUCUGGUGGAGGGUGUCACCUACCCAGCCUGCCAUGGGAUGUGGAGUAAAUGGGCUCCCCCACUGGAGAGAAGCAGGUUGGCAACCACAUCUUUCUGCGGAUCUUACGCAGGAGCAGUGGUCGCCAUGCCGUUGGCAGGUGUAUUGGUACAGUAUAUAGGAUGGUCAUCAGUCUUUUAUAUUUAUGGAAUGUUUGGGAUUGUUUGGUACGUAUUCUGGCUGCUUCAUGCCUAUGAGAGCCCAGCAGCACAUCCAACGAUAAGCAAUGAAGAAAGAAUAUAUAUAGAAACAAGUAUAGGAGAAGGAGCCAGCCUUGCUAGUGCAAAUAAAUUUAGCACUCCUUGGAAGAGAUUUUUCACUUCAAUGCCAGUUUAUGCAAUCAUUGUGGCAAACUUUUGCAGAAGCUGGACCUUCUAUUUACUCCUUAUAAGUCAGCCUGCUUACUUUGAAGAAGUUUUUGGAUUUGCAAUAAGUAAGGUUGGCCUUUUGUCUGCAGUUCCUCACAUGGUCAUGACAAUCAUUGUGCCCAUUGGAGGACAGCUAGCUGAUUUCUUACGGAGCAGGAAGAUUUUGACCACUACCACUGUAAGGAAGGUCAUGAAUUGUGGAGGCUUUGGGAUGGAAGCAACAUUGCUUUUGGUGGUCGGUUACUCCCAUACAAGAGGUGUGGCUAUUUCCUUUCUGGUGUUAGCAGUGGGAUUCAGUGGCUUUGCAAUUUCAGGAUUCAACGUGAAUCACUUGGAUAUAGCCCCGCGUUACGCCAGUAUUCUGAUGGGCAUCUCCAACGGUGUGGGGACGCUGUCGGGGAUGGUGUGCCCACUCAUCGUGGGCGCGAUGACUAAACACAAGACCCGUGAAGAAUGGCAAAAUGUCUUUCUGAUCGCAGCCCUAGUGCAUUACAGCGGAGUGAUAUUCUAUGCUAUCUUUGCUUCUGGGGAGAAGCAGGAAUGGGCUGACCCUGAAAACCUCAGUGAAGAGAAAUGUGGAAUAAUUGAUCAAGAUGAACUUGCUGAAGAAACAGAGAUGAACAAUGAAACUUUUGUAAGCCCAAAGACAAUGUAUGGUGCUACCACUCAAAAUAGUGAAGUACAGCAAAGGGAAUGGAGAAAGAAAAAGCAAGUAACUCAAGACAUGGAAGAACAGACUUCUUACCACUAUGAAAAUGGAAAUUUUCAAGAUCUGUCAUAA